ACACACUUCCACUUCCUAAUUCCUGCCCGCCAACGCAACAACAAAAAGAAGAUUGAAGGAAAACCAAAAUGAUAUAAAGAAAAAGGACAGGCGUGAACAAAAACCCACCAAAAUAACAUCCUUUGAUUUGAGGACACCCCCCUCUGUUCAGAGAGAGAGAGAGAGAUUUGAGAGAUACCUCUGGCUAUCUGCGUGUGAGAUGAGGUACUUCCUCUUCUUCGUUUCUGUAUAAUGAACAGAGACCUUAACCUCUUCUUCUCUGAAGAAGAUGGCUCAACAAAAACAAGAACAGCAACAGCAAUCGGACCCUCAAUUCCUUCUAGAUGCUCUUUAUUGCGAGGAGGAGCGUUGGGAGGAAGAAGAGGGAGGUUUAGACGAAGAAGGGAGCGAGAAUAGUCGCCAAGUUGCAACUAACCCAUCUCUUUGCCCUCUGUUCUUAUCGGAACAAGACCUCUUAUGGGAAGAUGAAGAACUUCUCACUCUUCUUGCCAAAGAACAGCAGACCCACCACCUCAAUAAUCUCGACACAGCCAAUCCUUCCCUUGCGUCGGCUCGUCGGGAGGCCGUGGAGUGGAUGCUCAAAGUCAAUUCCCACUACUCCUUCUCUACUCUCACCGCUGUUCUCGCCGUUAACUACCUCGACAGGUUUCUCUCUAGCCUUAACAUCCAGAGAGACAAGCCGUGGAUGACUCAACUCACCGCUGUGGCUUGUCUGUCUCUGGCUGCCAAAGUGGAGGAGAUCCAGGCCCCUCUUCUCCUAGACCUGCAAGUGGAGGAGACCAAGUAUGUGUUCGAGGCCAAAACGAUUCAGAGAAUGGAACUGCUAGUUCUCUCCACGCUUCACUGGAAGAUGAACCCCGUGACCCCACUCUCUUUCAUCGACCACAUCAUAAGAAGGCUGGGAUUGAAGAACCAUCUGCACUGGGAGUUCCUCAGGCGAUGUGAGCGCCUGCUCCUCUCUAUCAUUGGCGACCCGGGGUUUGUUCGGUAUCUUCCCUCUAUUUUGGCUACUGCUACAAUGCUGCACGUUAUCAGCGAGGUUGAGCCUUGUAACCCAGUGGAAUACCAAAACCAGCUCAUGGGUGUCCUGAAAAUCAGCAAGGAUACUGUGGAUGAGUGCCUUCAACUCAUCCAGGAAUUGACAUGGAGCUGCCAUGGUCUCAAUUAUAGUCGCAAACGCAAGUACCAGUCCAUGCCAGGCAGCCCAAACGGCGUUAUUGAUGUAUCCUUCAGCUGUGAGAGCUCCAACGAUUCAUGUGCAGUCGCAUCAUCGAUUUCGUCUUCUCCGGAGCCUUUGUUCAAGAGGAGCAGAGCCCAGGACCAGCAGAUGUGUUUGCCUUCUCUCAGUCAUGUUUUCGUGGACGUGCUCAGCAACCCUCGUUAAACCUCUUUUCCUCUCUUUUUUAUUAUAUCCAUCCAAUUCUCUUCGUUCUUAAUCAAUCUUAUCUGUCUACUCCAUGGAGGCAUUCACGUUCACCCAUGUUGUCUCUUAUCUUACAUUCUCUUUCCGUAGUAUUUAAGUUGUUUAAAUGCAAGUUAAAUUGCCUUCCAUCUAUAUGCAUUUCUGGCUAGUCUGCACUGGAAAUGACAAGAUCAAAAAAACAAACAAACAUCCCUCUCUACUCUAUCCCCUCUUGAAAGAGGAAGAGAGAUAAGACGCGGGCAGAAAGACCGAAAAGCAGAGAUGGCUAGCAUUUUGCUGGGAAAAAUGGACUGCUGCAGCAAUGACAGACUAUUUACAUCUGAAUUAUCGCUCCCUUUUCCUCUCAGUAUCUCGUCGGUCAUUCUUACAUGAACAUAUAUACCUUAUGUUACUAUAGACAUACAUAAAUUGAAGAGUUCUGCAUGCAUAUUCGUUUUA